AUGGUCACGGUAACGGUAUGCUUGUUCACACCCCCAAUCGAGUUCGAACCACCCUCUAACCGCUACCUUGAAGCUGGUUUCGUCUACUGCGGUGAUCGAUUAAUCUCUGAAGGGAUUCUUUAUAUCACUGGUCCCUCCAACACGAUGGCCUUGGCGAAUAUGGAUGUGGACUGUGAUGGUGCUAACCGCUCCGAUGGCGACUGCAAGAAUGAUCCAUCAGGACAAGAUCAAACGGCUUUCAAAGACGAGGUAAGGGUGUAUGGGAUUUCGGAUCUCGAUUCCAAUAAACAUGGCUAUGUUGUUCUCGGCAACCAAGGUACCUCGCCGUGGUUUGAGCCUAAGGUAUAUGGCAUCCAGCCACUGAGCGUAGUGGCUGUCGUAUGCAACAAUAUGCUGUUUUACGCUGUCUGGGGAGACACCAACGGUGGUAUCUUGACCGGGGAAGCUUCGAUGUCGCUUGCAAAAGCCUGCUUCCCUAACGAAGGGCUUAACGGGGACAAUGGGCAUGAAACUCACGAUGUGCUUUAUGUCGCAUUCAAUGGUAGCGAAGCGAAGCCUGGUGCCAAGGGGGCGGACUGGAGAGCAAAUAACUUCACCACCUUUGAGGAGUCGUUGGCGCAUAUUGGCGACAGAUUGGUGAAAAGAGUUUCUCCGUGA